AUGAAAGAGAAGGAGCAGCGCCUCAUGACGGUCACACAGCGGAGAGAGAGAGCGGCGCCUCCUCAUCCACAGGAGAGGAUACACAGCGGAGAGAGAAAGAGAGCGGCGCCUCCUCAUCCACAGGAGAGGAUACACAGCGGAGAGAGAGAGCGGCUCCUCCUCAUCCACAGGAGAGGAUACACAGCGGAGAGAGAAAGAGAGCGGCGCCUCCUCAUCCACAGGAGAGGAUACACAGCGGAGAGAGAGAGCACCACCUCCUCAUCCACAGGAGAGGAUACACAGCGGAGAGAGAGAGCACCACCUCCUCAUCCACAGGAGAGGAUACACAGCGGAGAGAGAGAGCACCACCUCCUCAUCCACAGGAGAGGAUACACAGCGGAGAGAGAAAGAGAGCGGCGCCUCCUCAUCCACAGGAGAGGAUACACAGCGGAGAGAGAGAGCACCACCUCCUCAUCCACAGGAGAGGAUACACAGCGGAGAGAGAGAGCACCGCCUCCUCAUCCACAGGAGAGGACACACAGCAGAGAGAGAGAGCACCACCUCCUCAUCCACAGGAGAGGAUACACAGCAGAGAGAGAGCACCACCUCCUCAUCCACAGGAGAGGACACACAGCGGAGAGAGAGAGCACCACCUCCUCAUCCACAGGAGAGGAUACACAGCGGAGAGAGAGAGCACCACCUCCUCAUCCACAGGAGAGGACACACAGCGGAGAGAGAGAGCGGCGCCUCCUCAUCCACAGGAGAGGAUACACAGCGGAGAGAGAGAGCACCACCUCCUCAUCCACAGGAGAGGAUACACAGCGGAGAGAGAGAGCGGCGCCUCCUCAACCACAGGAGAGGAUACACAGCGGAGAGAGAAAGAGAGCACCACCUCCUCAUCCACAGGAGAGGAUACACAGCGGAGAGAGAGAGCACCACCUCCUCAACCACAGGAGAGGACACACAGCGGAGAGAGAGAGCACCACCUCCUCAUCCACAGGAGAGGAUACACAGCGGAGAGAGAGAGCACCACCUCCUCAUCCACAGGAGAGGAUACACAGCGGAGAGAGAGAGCACCAUCUCCUCAUCCACAGGAGAGGAUACACAGCAGAGAGAGAGCACCACCUCCUCAUCCACAGGAGAGGAUACACAGCGGAGAGAGAGAGCACCACCUCCUCAUCCACAGGAGAGGACACACAGCGGAGAGAGAGAGCACCGCCUCCUCAUCCACAGGAGAGGAUACACAGCAGAGAGAGAGAGAGCACCACCUCCUCAUCCACAGGAGAGGACACACAGCGGAGAGAGAGAGCACCGCCUCCUCAUCCACAGGAGAGGAUACACAGCAGAGAGAGAGAGAGCACCACCUCCUCAUCCACAGGAGAGGAUACACAGCAGAGAGAGAGAGAGCACCACCUUUCAUUUAACACAUGA